GGGGCUGGCCCUACGUCACUUCCGGGUGAAGCCUGGCGGGAGACUCCGAAACCGGGCACUGCCCGUUGUGCCAGGCCCCUGCCUGCUGCAAGGAGAGCACUGAGCGAGCCCAUGAGUGGGAGAAGAAGGUUUAUUCUCGCCUCUGUAAUUGCUGUCCAGAACUCCAGUUUCGUGUAUCCGUCGUGUCCGAGUUGCUUCUCGAGGAUCAUCCUUGGAUCCGCAAGGUUCCGCUGUCCAAGAUGUGGCUGCCAGGGUGAGACGAAGAACGCGAGUUACAGGUACAAACUGUCCCUACAGGUUGCCGAGGAGAACCAAUUAUUUGCCAUCACCGUGUUCGGAAGCUGCUUGAACCCGUUCUUUGGCCUCCCCGCCAGUCUUCUGCGGAGGUACGUCCAGGAUUCUGAGCCCCCUCCAGGAACCCCGGACAACGAUGCAGUUUGGGAUUUACUACUUCAAGCGGUUCAGACUUGUUUUGCGGGAAGAAGCUUUAUCUUCGGAGUGACGAAUUUUGAAAACCAACGAGGCCGCGCAGCCGGUCGCGGCGGCCCCCGGCGGAGCUGGCCGAGCAGCGGGAACCGCAGAGGAGAGCUGGUGGCCUGCCAGAUUUCUCUGCCAAACCCCGCGGUCCCCGGCUCGACCGUGAUCGGCUGCUUCGACCGACUCCUGCGGUCGGCCCGGCCCGGGGACGCCGACGGGGGCUCCAGCUCCCCGAGAGCCUCUCCCCGUCGCCGAUGACCAGGGCGGCGAGCUCGGGAGGCGGCUGCAGCCCUGGCACGGGGCCGGACUCCCAACGGACGGGGGGCGGGGACCGCCCCUCGGGUCUCUGGCGGCCGUCCCUCGGGCUCACCUCGGCCGACACCCAGCCCUCCGACGACGAAGCCCCGUCGGCUCCGGAGCGGGACGGAUCCGGGAGGGAGAAGGAGCGGGAACCCCCGGCGGCGGGAGCCUCCUGUCCCUACUACCGUGAUGGAUCCCCCGUGAGGCGUGAAGGGACAGAAGCCCGGCAGCCAACGGACCAAGGAUUCGGCUCGCUCCCCGGCCCGGCGAACCCUCCGAGUCCCGGGCGCGGCGGGAUCGGGGACGUCGACAGCCGGGCCGGGGUUCCGGUUUCCGAGACGGCGCGGCCGCUCGGCCGCAGCGGGCCAGGGGCUUUCCGCGGCCCGCCGGGCCCCGCGGAGGAUGGCUCCGGUCGAGGCUCACCCCAGACCUGGCCCUGGGGGCUCUCCCCGCAGCAGGGAAACUCGUUCUGCUCAGGCCCGUCGCCUGGUCCGACCCCUUCGGCCGGAGGCUCCCGGAGAGAGGAUCCCGCCCUUUGGGACGAGCUGCCGUUCUCCGAAAGCCUGAACGAGUUCCUGGCCCUUGUGGAAAUGGAAAGGACGCCAAGCCGGACCCCAGCCCGGACCGACGCCCGUCAGUGCUCUGCGGGGGAAGGCAGAGCAGACCCGGGGGCGCCCGGGGCCAGGUGGUCCCUGCCUUCCCAGAAAGCUACGGGUGGGACGCCUUCGCCUGGUACACUUAGGUGGUCACCCCCCAUGGCAGAAAGCCUAAACCCUGGCAAAGAGAGGGGUCCCCCAGGAGUUGAUACACCCCCAAACUCGAUUACUCACAGGGGAGCUCAGUCAGCUGACUCGUCCUGGACUUGGCCCACUAGCAUCGGUGGAAGGGAAGAUUCAGAGUGCUUUACACCCGAUCCGUAUCAGCCUAAAGACUUGCAGACGCCACCUUCCCCUCCAGAGAGAAGCCACUCCCCGCCGCGUGGCGCUGAAGCUAUACCAAGCGCAAAUUAUCGCGGGGAUAUUAGCGCCCGUGGCCCGAUCCCGUUCUCCGUUCCAGAGGGACAAAGCCCCGCUUUGGACGUGGGUGCCGAAAGAGGUUCCGUCCGGGCCAUUCCCAACAGUGGAUCCAUCUUCCCGGCUCUCGGGACUCAGAAGUAUAAAGAGAAUCAGAGCUGCCGCGAAACCAAGGGAAUAACCUUCCGGUCAGCAGGAGACGUGCGCAGAGGUCGAGAGCCUCUGGCAGCCGGGUCGGUCUGAGGGCCGACCGGGCGGAAGGGUCGGCCAAAAUCUCAAGGCAGUGUUUUGGAAAAGACCCAGUUGCGACCACCUGCCUCAAAACUCUUCUCUUCCCCUCGGAGGGAGUUACGACGCUUCCGCCGACCUUUUUGACGCAAGCGCUACGGGGGAAUAUCCGAGCGGGUCCGGGAGCUGCCUUUUCUCACCGUGGGACAGGAGGACUUUGGAAAGUCACUCUACCCCCGACGGGCUGCUUAGCCCAUUCGCCGCCAGCCGAGGUCAUCCGCUCCACAGCUCAGCCUGGAGACGGGUCCGCCCUUCUCUCUGUCCGAGACCCGGGUCGGCUCUGGGUCACUCUCCGCCCGAUUCACAGUCCUCUCUGGGAGAGACCCAAGACUUUGUUCCUUACUCCCAGUCAACCCCCAUUGCACAGAAUCCACGGACACUAAGGAUCUAUAGGAUGAAAGACUCUUUCAAGAAUUGUGCCUCCAGCUGCCCUGAAGUCAGUUCCGAGCCCCAGAACUGUAGCACUGGGAAACCAAGCGCCCAACCGGCGUCCUCAAACCGCUCGGACUCCAGGGAACCGGACGCCCCGGCGUCCGGACACCCCGCGGCCUCCCAUCUUUCCCGACCACUAGCCCUGGGCACGAGCCCUGCCGCUGAACUUCUCGAGGUGGACGCCCACGACUGGGUCCCUCCGUCGACCAGAAAGGUGUCGCUCCGGUCCGUCCUCCGUCCCGGAACGCUUGGGUUCCGAGCCAGGGGGCUGACUUUCCACAGUCCCUUUGGGCGGAAGAAGACACUUGGAAGCGAGGCGAGACGCUGCAGAAAAGCGACAACUGAAGGAUGUGUGAGAAGGCCAGAGUUAGAGCCGGGGAGGACAGCCACUGCCCUGGACAGGUGGCCGACUCCUCAUAAACGGGGAGAUGGCGGGAUGAACGAAACAGCCAGAGGAUGGGGGGCCGGGGGCGAGACUCCGAGAACCAGAGAAGUCCAAAUGCAAACCUUUCGCUUUCUGAAAAUCGGUCACCUCUGGGGCCGGAAGCCUUCGACCCCGCUGGUAAUUGGUCUCCUGAACUCUUCACCCCCAAAAGCCAGCCAGACCCAAUCCGUGAACUGUUUGGAACGGGGACCCUUGCGCCCAAACAGCUGGUGAUGCUCGAACAACUCGGCUCGAUUCAGAAUGAACCGGGGAGUCCAACUUGUGACAACCUCUAUCGUGUGGAGGCUUACCAGAGGGACACUUUAGCUAAACAGGCACUUUACUUUGUUCUGAUGACUGUAAAAUGUUUAUGUAAGCAUACUCUAAUUUUAUUUCACAGUAUGACUCUAACUAGGCCCAAAAUAAAGCCAUUUGGAACCAGAAA